AUGAAGCCACAAGGACAUUGUCCUAAUAAAAGAAAAUAUUCAAAUGGUGAAAUUAACCAAGGAGUCGAAGCUGAGACAAAGAAGAAAAAGACUGGUCCACAAAAAAAUCAGGGUGAUGAUCUCGAGAUCUUGAAAACUACAACUGAUAGCUGUGAGAAUGAGGGCAUUUGUGAGAAAAGUGACCCUACCGAUGGCAAAGAAGUUAUGAAGCGACACUAUGCUGCUUUGAUGAAAGAAGUUGAAAAAAAAAAGCCAAAUGUAGCUGUUGUGAAUUCCUAUUUGAACAAAGAGUAUAGUGCAAGGCGGAGUUGGCUGCAAGCUAUGUCUGCUGGCGAAAGGGUUGAAAAACUGAUGGAUGUAUAUCCUUGUUUUAAAGACCAUAUUGAGAUAAUCGAAGAAGCCAGACGAGUCUUGGGUGUCGAGAGUUCUGGAGAUAGAGAGGAAUUUAAAAACCAGUGUAUUGGAUUGUUAGCUGAUGAAAUUGAGCCCAUAAUAUACUAUGGUAUAAAUAAAGGAAUAAGCCCACCAAAAAGUCCAAAGGCAAGUAAGUUUAUUUUGGCGAUUUAG